AACCCAGGCUCUGCGUUUGGGGGCAGGUGAUGCUUUGGGGGCGGGCGCUGAUUCUUUGUUGGUUUUUAAGCCUGAAAAAGGGACUUUUGCACCAAAUUGGGGGGGGGGGGGAACCUCUUCACGUCCUCUGGACCCCGAGCUGAGCUCUGCUUUCUUUGUUAAGGAUUUGUGAUGGGUUUCUGGCUGCAAAACGCGGCUCGGGAGGCUGUGAAAGGGACACAGAAAGGUCACUGAAAUGGUCAUAAAAUGGGCCACUAAAAACGGACCGGAAAAGAGAGCAGGAAGGGAAAGGGAAAGCAGAAGGGUCGUGAAAGGGCACAGAAAUGGCAUUAAAAGGCCCAAAAAGGACCACAGAGGGCCUUGAAAGGGACCACGAGGGCCACCGAAAUGGCUGCAGAAGGGUCACAGAGAGCCCCAAAAUGGCCGCCAAUGGGCUACAGAGGCCCAAUGAAGGGCCACAGACAUCCAGGAAGGGCCAGCAAAGGCAACAGAGGGCCCACAAAGGGCCGAAAAUGGCCACAAAGGUCAGAAAAUGGCCACCAAAGGCAAAAUAAAGGGCCAGAAAGGGUCACAAAAUGGCCACAAAGGCCUGAAAAUGGCCACCAAGGGCCCAAAAUGGCCACAGGGAGCCCAAAGUGGCCCCCAAAGGCACAAUAAAAGGGCCAGAAAGGGUCACAAAAUGGCCACAAAGGUCAGAAAAUGGCCACAAAGGGCCCCAAAUGGCCACAAAGGGUCCAAAAUGGCCACAAAGGGCCCCAAAAUGGCCACAAAGGGUCCAAAAUGGCCACAAAGGGUCACAAAAUGGCCGCCAGAGGGUCACAAAGGGCCCCAAAUGGCCACAAAGGUCUGAAAAUGGCCACAAAGGCCUCAAAAUGGCCACAAAGGGCCCAAAAUGGCCCCCAAAGGCACAAUAAAGGGCCAGAAAGGGUCACAAAAUGGCUGCCAGAGGGUCACAAAGGCCCCCAAGUGCCCCAAAGGCCUCAAAAUGGCCAGAAACGGUCAGAAAAUGGCCAGAAACGGUCAGAAAAUGGCCACCAAGGUCAGGAAAUGGCCACAAAGGGCCCAAAAAUGGCCACAAAGGGUCCAAAAUGGCCACAAAGGGUCCAAAAUGGCCGCCAGAGGGUCACAAAGGCCCCAGAAUGGCCCCAAAGGCCCCAAAAUGGCCACCAAGGUCAGAAAAUGGCCACAAAGGGCCCCAAAUGGCCACAAAGGCCCCAAAAUGGCCACAAAGGGUCACAAAAUGGCCACAAAGGGUCCAAAAUGGCCACAAAGGGCCCAAAAUGGCUGCCAGAGGGCCAGAAAGGGUCACAAAAUGGCCACCAGAGGCUCACAAAGGUCAGAAAAUGGCCACAAAGGUCAGAAAAUGGCCACAAAGGCUCCAAAGUGGCCCCAAAAGGGCCCCAAAAAAGCGCCAGAAAGGGUCACAAAAUGGCCGCCAGAAGGUCACAAAGGCCCGCAAAUGGCCCCAAAGGCCUCAAAAUGGCCACCAAGGGUCCAAAAUGGCCACGAAGGUCAGAAAAUGGCCACAAAGGGCCCAAAAUGGCUGCCAAAGGGCCCAAAAAUUGCUGCCAGAGGGCCAGAAAGGGUCACAAAAUGGCCGCCAGAGGCUCACAAAGGUCAGAAAAUGGCCACAAAGGGCCCAAAAUGGCCACAAAGGUCUGAAAAUGGCCACAAAGGGCCCAAAAAUAGCCACAAAGGGCCCCAAAAAGGGGCCAGAAAGGGUCACAAAAUGGCUGCCAGAGGGUCACAAAGGCCCCCAAAUGGCCACAAAGGGUCCAAAAUGGCCCCAAAGGCCUCAAAAUGGCCACAAAGGCCCCCAAAUGGCCACAGAGGGCCCCAAAUGGCCACCAAGGGUCCAAAAUGGCCACAGUGGGUCCAAAAUGGCCCUCAAAGGCACAAUAAAAGGGCCAGGAAGGGUCACAAAAUGGCCGCCAGAGGGUCACAAAGGCCCCAGAAUGGCCACAAAGGCCCCAAAAUGGCCACCAAGGUCAGAAAAUGGCCACAAAGGGCCCCAAAUGGUCACAAAGGGCCCAAAAUGGCCACAAAGGGCCCCAAAUGGCCACAAAGGGCCCAAAAUGGCCACAAAAGGUCAGAAAAUGGCCACCAAAGGGUCCAAAGUGGCCCCCAAAGGGCCCCAAAAAAGGGCCAGAAAGGGUCACAAAAAUGGCCGCCAGAAGGUCACAAAGGCCCACAAAUGGCCCCAAAAGGCCUCAAAAUGGCCACCAAGGGUCCAAAAUGGCCACAAAGGUCAGAAAAUGGCCACAAAGGGCCCAAAAUGGCUGCCAAAGGGCCCAAAAAUGGCUGCCAGAGGGCCAGAAAGGGUCACAAAAUGGCCGCCAGAGGCUCACAAAGGUCAGAAAAUGGCCACAAAGGGCCCAAAAUGGCCACAAAGUGUCCAAAAUGGCCACAAAGGUCAGAAAAUGGCCACAAAGGGCCCAAAAUGGCUGCCAAAGGGCCCAAAAUGGCCACAAAGGGUCCAAAAUGGCCACAAAGGGUCCAAAAAUAGCCACAAAGGGCCCCAAAAAAGGGCCAGAAAGGGUCACAAAAUGGCUGCCAGAGGGUCACAAAGGCCCCCAAAUGGCCACAAAGGGUCCAAAAUGGCCCCAAAGGCCUCAAAAUGGCCACAAAGGGUCCAAAAUGGCCACAGAGGGCCCCAAAUGGCCACCAAGGGUCCAAAAUGGCCACCAAGGGUCCAAAAAUGGCCACAGUGGGUCCAAAAUGGCCCUCAAAGGCACAAUAAAAGGGCCAGGAAGGGUCACAAAAUGGCCGCCAGAGGGUCACAAAGGCCCACAAAUGGCCACAAAGGCCCCAAAAUGGCCAGAAACGGUCAGAAAAUGGCCACAAAGGGUCAAAAAUGGCUGCCAAAGGGUCACUAAAUGGCCGCCAGAGGGUCACAAAGGCCCACAAAUGGCCACAAAGGCCUCAAAAUGGCCACCAAGGUCAGAAAAUGGCCACCAAGGUCAGAAAAUGGCCACAAAGGUCUGAAAAUGGCCACCAAGGGCCCCAAAUGGCCACAAAGGGCCCCAAAUGGCCACCAAGGGUCCAAAAAUGGCCACAGUGGGUCCAAAAUGGCCCUCCAAGGCACAAUAAAAGGGCCAGGAAGGGUCACAAAAUGGCCGCCAGAGGGUCACAAAGGUCCGAAAAUGGCCCCAAAGGCCUCAAAAUGGCCACCAAGGUCAGAAAAUGGCCACAAAGGGUCAAAAAUGGCUGCCAAAGGGCCCAAAAAUGGCCGCCAAAGGCCCAGAAAGGGCCACAAAAUGGCCGCCAGAGGGUCACAAAGACCCCAAAAUGGCCACAAAGGUCAGAAAAUGGCCACAAAGGUCUGAAAAUGGCCACCAAGGGCCCCAAAUGGCCACAAAGGGCCCAAAAUGGCCGCCAGAGGGUCACAAAGGCCCCCGAAUGGCCACCAAGGUCUGAAAAUGGCCACAAAGGGCCCCAAAUGGCCACCGAGGGCCCCACAAACAGGCCGGCAAACGGCCCCCACAGGACCCCCCCCCCCCUCCCUCCUCCCCUCCCCCUUUACUCUGUCCGUCCCGCUGUCCGUCCCG